CGACUUACACAGGACUCAUAAAGGCCCUGCUGUGAGAGCUAACUUAGUCUCUUCCUCUUUCUUUAAAUUUCAUCUCCCAACAGAUUUCACUCCUUCCGAAAAAAUGCGUGAGUGUAUCUCAGUCCACGUUGGUCAGGCUGGAGUCCAGAUUGGCAACGCCUGCUGGGAGCUUUACUGCCUGGAGCAUGGGAUCCAGCCGGACGGACAGAUGCCCAGUGACAAAACAAUUGGAGGAGGAGACGAUUCCUUCAACACCUUCUUCAGUGAAACUGGAGCCGGAAAGCACGUCCCCAGGGCUGUUUUUGUCGAUCUGGAGCCCACAGUCAUCGAUGAGGUACGCAGUGGGACCUACCGCCAGCUCUUCCACCCUGAGCAGCUGAUCACUGGCAAGGAGGAUGCUGCCAACAACUACGCCCGAGGACACUACACCAUCGGCAAAGAGAUCAUUGACCUGGUGCUGGACAGGAUCCGCAAACUGGUGGGUGACUUCAUAUCAGGAAGAAAUAAUUGUGUUAAAGAUCAUUAUGUAUCAUAUUUAAUCAUGUCUCUUCCUCUCUGUCCUCAGUCUGACCAGUGCACAGGCCUUCAGGGUUUCCUGGUGUUCCACAGCUUCGGAGGUGGCACCGGCUCUGGUUUCACCUCCCUGCUGAUGGAGCGUCUGUCUGUCGACUACGGCAAGAAGUCCAAACUGGAGUUUUCCAUCUACCCCGCUCCUCAGGUGUCCACCGCUGUGGUGGAGCCCUACAACUCCAUCCUGACCACCCACACCACCCUGGAGCACUCUGACUGUGCCUUCAUGGUAGAUAACGAGGCCAUCUACGAUAUCUGCCGUAGGAACCUCGAUAUUGAGCGUCCUACCUACACCAACCUGAACAGGUUGAUCAGUCAGAUUGUGUCCUCCAUCACUGCUUCCCUUCGUUUCGAUGGUGCCCUCAAUGUUGAUCUGACUGAGUUCCAGACCAACUUGGUGCCAUAUCCCCGUAUCCACUUCCCUCUGGCCACCUACGCCCCCGUCAUCUCAGCUGAGAAGGCUUACCAUGAGCAGUUAACAGUAUCUGAGAUCACAAACGCUUGCUUUGAGCCAGCCAAUCAAUUGGUGAAAUGCGACCCUCGCCACGGCAAGUACAUGGCUUGCUGCCUUCUGUUCCGUGGUGAUGUGGUUCCCAAAGAUGUGAAUGCUGCCAUUGCCGCCAUUAAAACCAAGCGCUCCAUCCAGUUUGUGGACUGGUGUCCCACUGGUUUCAAGGUUGGCAUCAACUACCAGCCUCCCACCGUGGUUCCCGGUGGAGAUCUGGCCAAGGUCCAGAGGGCUGUGUGCAUGCUGAGCAACACCACUGCUAUUGCAGAGGCCUGGGCUCGGCUUGACCACAAGUUUGACCUGAUGUACGCUAAGCGUGCCUUUGUUCACUGGUAUGUGGGUGAGGGUAUGGAGGAGGGAGAGUUCUCUGAGGCCAGAGAGGACAUGGCAGCUCUGGAGAAGGAUUACGAGGAGGUUGGAGCAGAUACUUUGGGAGAUGAAGAUGAAGGAGAAGAGUAUUAAACAGGCAUACAUUCCUUAAUAUUGUCAAAGCUUUGCCUUUUGUCAAAAUAAAGUUGUCAAUUGUCUAAUUGAAA